CUCAAACAUUGUAAAGUUCUGAGACUGUUCUCUCAGAAAAUAUAAAUCUGAACUCUCUGCAUCUACUGCAUUCUCAGUCUCUACACUAAUACGCAAAUGUCAGUAUCCUAGAAAUCCAUAAGCUAAAAUACCAAUGCUACUGAGCGUUGUACAGAUUCGACAUCUCAUGAACGCAGCAAUGAAAGCGUUUUUCAUCAUCCUAUUUUUCCUUUUCAAAGUUGUAAUUUCAGAAAUCGCGUUCACCUACAAUGGCUUUAAGAAUGCAAAUUUGAGCUUGGACGGAGAUGCAUACCUUUGGUCUAAUGGCAUAUUAGGCUUGACACACGAUGAACCAAAUCUAAUCGGGCAUGCACUGUAUCCAUCUCCUCUGCAGUUCAGGCAGAACCAAACGAAUAGUGGCAACAGAUAUUAUAUUCCCACGUUCAGCACCACUUUUGUAUUCUCCAUCAAGCCUAUGCAUCCUGGAAUCGGAGGCCAUGGCAUCGCCUUUGUUCUUUUGUCUACAAACAAAUUAAAGGGAUGCCUCGCAAACCAGUACUUGGGCCUUCCAAAUGCUACAAGUAAUGCGAAAUAUUCUACUCGAGUCCUAGCUGUCGAGUUUGAUGUUACUCAAAGCUUUGAACUCAAGGACAUUAAUGAUAAUCACGUCGGAAUAGACAUAUCCGGCUUAGUAUCUAUCACUUCUAAACCAGCAGCUUACUAUUUUGACAAUACCACCACCCCCAACACCAUCAAUCUCAAGGAUGGCGAUCCUGUUCAGGUUUGGAUUGAUUUCAACAGCCAGGAGAAGCUACUAAAUGUUACCAUAGCUCCUCUCGGCACUCUAAGACCCCCUAAGCCGCUGAUAUGUUUGCCAAUUGAUCUGUCAUCAGUGCUAGAUGAUUACAUGUAUGCCGGCUUCACUGCUUCCACGGGUCUGCUUUCAGCAAGUCAAAAUGUUCUGGGAUGGAGCUUCAGAAUUGGUGGUAAAGCACAAAAUUUAUCUUUGCACCUUCCAUCUUUAAAUAAACCGGUGAGGGUAGUUCACACUAAGGGAUUUAUAGUGGGUAUUACUUUGGCAACGAUUACUCUGGCCUUUCUGAUUCUACUUGGUGUUAUACACACCAUACAUCAUAUUGGAAACCACAAUGAUAUCUUGGAAUAUUGGGAAGUGGAUUAUGGAGCCUGUAGGUUUAAUUAUUCUGAACUUGUUGCAGCAACAAACGGAUUUAGUGAGAAGAACCUAAUUGGGUGUGGGGGAUUUGGAAGAGUCUACAAAGGAGUUAUCCCCAGCACAGGUCUCGAAGUGGCCAUAAAGCGAAUAGCUCAGGACUCAAGGCAGGGGAUGAGAGAAUUUGUAGCAGAAAUCACAAGCAUGAGAGGGCUUAGGCAUCGUAAUCUUGUUCAGCUACAUGGAUGGUGCCGAAGACAAGACGAGCUGCAUCUUGUAUAUGACUACGUGGUCAAUGGAAGCCUGGAUGAUCUACUGUUCAACAAACAUGAGCAGGAAAAGAAGCUACUGACGUGGCAAGAAAGAUUUAAGAUACUCACUGGUGUUGCACACGCAUUGUUAUACCUUCAUGAAGAGUGUGAGCAGAUGGUAGUUCACAGAGACGUGAAGCCGAGCAACGUCCUUAUAGAUGCAGAUCUCACACCAAAACUUGGAGAUUUUGGUUUAUCCAGGACUUAUGGUCAUGGUUUGAACCCACAGACAACGCACAUCGUAGGAACACUGGGUUACCUGGCCCCUGAACUGACCAGAACAGGCAAGGCUACAACAAGCACAGACGUGUAUGGUUAUGGUGCACUAAUGCUAGAGGUGGCAUGUGGAAGGAGGCCAAUUGAACCCCGGAGAAUUGCUGAAGAACUGGUAUUAGUAGACUGGGUUAGGGAACUACACUCCAAAGGAGAGAUUCUUCGAGCAGUUGAUCCUAAUUUGGAGGAAUACAAUCAAUAUGAAGCUGAGCUCGUGCUCAGUCUCGGACUGCUUUGCGCUCAUCCUAAUCCUGAUCACAGACCUAGUAUGAGAAGUGUUGUGCAAGUUUUGCUGGGCGAUGCCAGCCUUCCUAUUCUGCCUUCAAAUUUACACCUAGAAAACGCUGGAGUAAUAACAAAUUAUUCAGUUAUCUACGAUGAUGACUUAACUGCUUCGAGCAAUAUAGAACCAUCAUCACAGAGUACUAGUUUCACAAGGUUUAACCAACUGCAAUUUAAUACGAGGCCAACAGCAGUUACUUUAUAAACAGUGUGUUCGUCAAAGUAGUGUUCAGUUUCUCUUUCAAGGGUGACAAUUUACCUACUUUUACAUUUUGUAUUAGACUCUAUAUAAAUGGAGAUGUGUAUCACUUAGAUUCUACUGCUUUCAAGUUGGAUAC